CGCAUCCGCCCGCCGUGCUGCCAGGUGAGCCGACUCCUGUUCCCCAUUCUGCUGCGAGGGCCUCGGGGUCAGGUUUCCCAAACAGCCCCAGAACAGGGUGCAGCUGCACCCCGAGCUCCUGCCUGCAGAAGGGAUGUGCCUGCAGGCUGCUGCUCCUCUCUGCAAAGGAGCACCUGACCUGCAGGUGUGCGCCUGCGCUGCUCCAUCACCAACCACGCAGUGUGACUCGAGGUUUGCAUGGUGUAUUGGCACCCGAAGAGCAGCCCAGAAUGGUGUGAGGGGGAGCACCCAGUGUUUAGCAAAGGAGAUAAGGUCCCCUUGGGUGCUCCAGGUGAUGCCCCAGUUCACCUUCGCUUGCUUCUGCGGGCUGCAUGGCUUCUGCAAGAUGAAGAGGAAGAAGGAGGAACACAGUGCAGAGCAGGAGACAGCGGUGUGAGCAGCAGGGACAGGAGUGGGACACCGGAGCUGCAGGGGGGCAUUGGCUGCCCCCUUUCCUGCCACCUCUACAGGGAUCCCUGUGUUGCGGAGACAUCUGCCUGGCCAGGAGGGAGCUGAAUCAUGGGAAUGCCCAAACUUGGAGGCACCAGCCGGCGUUGCAGCCAUUAUUGGGGUGCUGCAGCCAUUAUUGGGGUGCUGCAGCCACCCGGCCACGUGCGCUGAGCCCUCUGCACCCCAACAGCUGCUGUCGGAGGAGGAUUCCCCACCGCCCUGCCCUCACCCCAGCACUGCUCUGCGGACAAACCCUAAAGGGGCUUCCAAAAUCCAGGGCCAGACCUUGUCCUGCAUGGAUUAAUAGUGCUGGGGAGGGGGGCUGCCCCAGGGUGGUAAGUGCUCUCACAGCUGAGGAAUUGGCUGAACGUACAAGCAAGCUGUAUUUUUAAUGUUUUUAUUAUUAUUAUUACUGAUUAAGCUUUUCUUGAGCAAAUGGCUGGGACUGCAGGAAGCCAUUCUCCACCUCUCAGCCAUGCCUGCCCCUUGGCUGCAGCACAGCAGAGCGUGUCGGGGACGCCAAGCACACCACCAGGCUCGUGCAGGGGACACGGUGGUGGUGGCAUCCGUUCCUGUGCCACUGAGCAACGCAGCUCAGCAGGGGUUGGUUCAUGGUUGGCACAAAGGCCAACAGCCCUCAGUUUGGGUCACUGGGGGUUCUCUGCAGGGACGUUUCUGGCACAACCGUGUCCUCCAGAGCAGAAAUCCUUAAACUCUUCCACCCGCUGUUUCCCUGCUCUGUAUGGAGAACCCAAUCAUGGGGGGCUGAAAGGGAUGCCCACAGGUGCCAGGCAGAAGAUGCUCAUCCCAAGGGCUGCUCCUGCUCCCACUGCCUUCACCUGGCACUGUGUGGCUGUUCCUGAGGUCCCCUGGGUCCCCAUUUCCCCUCCACCCUCUCCGUGCAUCCUUCCUACCUAUGCUUAAAGCCAUACAGGAGCUCCCCACAUUCUGUGCCUUUCAGGGGGUGUCCCACAGAUGUCCCCCCUGCCAGCCCCUGGUGAGAGUCCCCACAGGUCUGGGGACAUCGCUGGGGUCUCGGUGGCUGGGGUGGGCUGCAGCCUGCAUCCCUGGCCCCAUGUACACCCAGAAUUCGAGAUCUCAUUUCAGGCACUGCAGCCUUGGUGCUGCCAUGGCCAAGAAUGGAGAAAAGCAGGAGGGACAGCCCAUAGGGAAGGGCAAAUACUUGGGUGGCAAGUCUCUGGAGCAGGGGGCAUGGAUUUGAGCAGCCUCACACCCCCUGGGAGCUCCCACAGAAAGGGAUGAGCACACUUGGUGAGCAAUUCCCCCCCCCAGUGUUCACCAGUUUGACCUUCCCAGCGCUCUCAGAGCGCAUUUGCACACCACAAACAGAGCUGUAGCCACCAGUGACAGCUCUCCUGCGGAGUUAUGUUGGCUCAGCCAACACCCAGAACCAACACGGCCGGUAGUUUAUUUUCUCAUCCAAAGGACUGAGGACAAAAAGCAGCCAGAAGUGCCAAGAACAGAAGGUGCAGCUGAGGAGCUCUAAAUCCUCUCCGCUGCAUGCCUGGACUGUGGUGGGAUGCAGUGGGAUGGCAGCAAUGCCUGGUCCCUGUGUGCCUACCCCAGGUUUGGGGGCACUCUGGGGGCACUUUGCUUCUCCCUUCACUGAGCUCAGGUGAUGUGAACUGGGUGAUGCCCUGCUGGGGGUUUCCCUGCUGGGCUCUGGGUUUGGGCAGCUUGUUGGCCAGGUGUCCCUGUCCUUCAUCACCAUGGAGCUCAGCAGAUUUCAGCCUGGCACGCACGGAUCAGUGGGAGAUGCUGUGGUUAAUGCAGGCUGUAAUGUGUCCUCUGGGAGCUCUGAGGCUGCAGCAGCCUUUUACUUUGCAGUGCACACAGAGGCUCCCAAGGAAGCUGGAGCCACCGAGGUUAAUGCUGAUGCACCCAUGUUUGGGUUCAGCUGUUGGCGCCCCAUUCCUGGGGGCACACAAUUGCUUCCCCCUAGUGAUGAUGUGGGAUGAUGACCCCUCUCAGGGCUGUCUUGGCAGUAGGGUGAGAUUUGGGGAGAUGAUGGGGCAGCUUUGCUCAGUCAGGCUUUACAGAGGCUAUAAUAUUGCUGUGAGUUGGGGGGGCGGGGGUGGCCCAGUUCAUUACCGCAUAACCCUCACUGCUAAACCUCUUCGACUGCAGAUCCAUCACAGUCUGGCAUCAAAGGAUGUGCAGCUAACAGCUGCUCCAAGGCUCUAUGUUAAGCUGGAUGCACAGAGAGCAUCCCUGCAAAGGAGUUUGUGCAUGGAGGGGGUGCUCGAGGGGGCUCCUGGGUGCUAAGAGAUGAGCUGAGAGCUCUGUUGGAAGCACUGCACUCAUGCUAUGCGCUCACUGUACACAGUGCAUGCACACUGCACACACUGCACGUGCUAUCCACGGCACAUGCAACGUUGCACACAGUGCACACAUGCGCUCUGCACACACUGCACGUGGUGCAACACCCAGCACACGGUGCACACACUAUGCACGCACUGCUCAUGCCAUGCACACCUGCAUGGUGCACACCACGGUUGCACACUGGCAGCUCUGUGCCUGCUCGGGCUGCCCCUGUAUCUCCAGUACUCCUAUCUCCAGUGAAUGGAUGUAGGGUGUAGAAACAAGACAGGCAGACGCUCACCCACACUCAUUACACGUGCGUGUGAAAACACAGUGAAUUAACCAGGUGCAGCCUGAGUGCUCAAGGGCCCGAGCUACAGUUAUUUUUAAAGUGAACUUUCCACCUCCCUGCAUGGAUGGAGCUCUCAGAGCAACAAUAUGUUUUCCGCCGUGGCUCCGAGCAAAAUGCUUUGCUCCUGGAUUGACCUCUCUUGUGCUCAUAAACGGCUCGUGGUGCUUUUUGAUUCCCCCAUCAUCACGCCUUGACCUCCAGAUUUAUGGCGAAGGUCCUUUCAGCUGCGUGUUGUUUCCCACCAGGCUCAGCCCGCCGCUCUCUGUAGCCAACCUGCCAGGAUGCUGCGCUCCUCCUGCUGCCACCUGGCAAACCUGCAGCGGUCAAAGCAAAGUUGUGGGGCUUAUUUGUUUUUCCUCCUCUUUUCUUUCCCCCCCCCCCCUCAACUGGCAGUGCUUUAACAAAGCCGGGAUGCUUCUGAGACUGCGAGGGCUGGGAGCUGACAGCUCUCGUCAGAGGAAGAAACGCUCUCCCUGCCUCUCCUUCUCUCUCCCCCACAUUUGCACAACCCCAGGCGUUUCUAUAAGCUGGGAUUUUGCUGCUUGUUCAGGAUUUCCUCUUGCUCUCCCAGGCGACAGACACGCACACGCACCGCCUUUGGCUCAUCCACGCUGCUUUUGCUUCUCCCAUCCAGGAGUGACUGCACCACAAUAGCUACAUCCUGCCCACGUUGGAGGCACUGCACACUGGAGGUGUCCCUCCAGUACUUCCCAAGCACUUUUCCAUGACUUUCCCACCCUCAGGGAGUCCGAAGCUGAGGCUGCCAAACCCAUCCAUGCGUUGGCUGCUGGGUGCUGAGCAGCUCCCAGUCACCCUUGUGCAAAGGGUGCAAAGUGCAAGAUGCAAGUAGUGCUUUCCCAUUGCACGUUGGCUCUGUGCACCACUGGGCUCCGUGCACAUUGCAUGACAUCCAAGCUGUGGCUUUCCAGGCUUUUUCUUUCCCUUUUCACCGUUGCUCCUUAAGAGGAGGAGAGCAGCACUCCUGAAAAAUGCAUUUCUUCCCACCAGCAAUAAUCCUCCUUUAAUCCUAUUACACCAGGGAAAACAUCCAAGCGGGGGUGGGUGCAGGAGGAGGGUCCCCAUUGCACUCCGACUUUGGGGAUGGAUGGACCAUAGCUCAGCCCCUUCCAGCCAACCCAAGCAGAGCCCACGUGGCACCUCCUGGGGCAGAGAGGUGCAAAAGCUGCAGCUUUUAUGAGAGAGGGGAAAAAGAGCAGGGAGAAAACCCCAUCCCUGAGUGCAUCUGUGUGGUGUUUUGUGUCGGAUCCCAUACAAUUCCCUGAUUCCCCCCUAAGAAACCUGCACUGAUGGCUGCAGUUACUGCACUCACGUGGAUGCACAGAGCUCUGCGGUGUCUAUGGUGGAUCAAAGCAUUCAACCUCUUCUUAUUGUCCUUCCCUUUUAUCCCACUGCCUGGAUUUCAUCACGAAGGGACCUACCCAGACUUGUUCCUCAGGAGUCUCCCAGCCUCAGUAGCCAUAGAAACCAGCUAUUUUUAGUCUGU